GUCUCCUCCAUUCUCACGCAAACCCUAGCGCCUCUCACGCCUCCUCCUCAACCGCGGCUCUCGUCCUAGAUCUCUAGAGAAAUGGCCGGUAAGGGUGAUGGGCCGGCGAUCGGGAUCGACCUCGGCACCACCUACUCCUGCGUCGGGGUGUGGCAGCAUGACCGGGUGGAGAUCAUCGCCAACGACCAGGGCAACCGCACCACCCCCUCCUACGUCGCCUUCACGGACACCGAGCGGCUCAUCGGUGACGCCGCCAAGAACCAGGUCGCCAUGAACCCUAUCAACACUGUUUUCGAUGCAAAGCGAUUGAUUGGAAGGCGAUUCACCGAUGCAUCUGUCCAGAGCGACAUCAAGCUCUGGCCUUUCAAGGUCACUUCUGGUCCAGGUGACAAGCCUAUGAUUGCUGUCCAGUACAAGGGGGAGGAAAAGCAGUUUUCUGCUGAAGAGAUUUCUUCCAUGGUCUUGAUGAAGAUGAAGGAAAUUGCUGAGGCAUACCUGGGAUCUGUCGUCAAGAAUGCUGUUGUCACUGUUCCUGCUUACUUUAACGACUCACAGCGCCAGGCCACUAAAGAUGCUGGUGUCAUUUCUGGUCUUAAUGUUAUGAGGAUUAUCAAUGAGCCCACUGCUGCUGCUAUCGCUUAUGGUCUUGACAAGAAGGCUAGUAGUGUUGGUGAGAAGAAUGUCCUCAUCUUUGACCUUGGUGGUGGCACCUUUGAUGUCUCUCUUCUUACAAUCGAAGAAGGUAUUUUUGAGGUCAAGGCUACUGCUGGUGAUACUCACCUUGGUGGUGAGGAUUUUGACAACCGAAUGGUAAACCAUUUUGUCCAAGAGUUCAAGAGAAAGCACAAGAAAGAUAUAAGUGGGAACCCUAGAGCUCUUAGAAGGUUGAGGACAGCAUGUGAGAGGGCAAAGAGGACUCUCUCCUCCACUGCACAAACCACAAUUGAGAUUGAUUCCUUGUACGAGGGUGUUGAUUUCUACACCACCAUCACCAGAGCCAGGUUUGAAGAGCUUAACAUGGACCUGUUCAGGAAGUGCAUGGAUCCUGUCGAGAAGUGUUUGAGGGAUGCCAAGAUGGACAAGAGCAGUGUCGAUGAUGUGGUUCUUGUUGGUGGGUCUACCAGAAUUCCAAAGGUUCAGCAACUGCUGCAGGACUUUUUCAAUGGUAAGGAGCUAUGCAAAAGUAUUAAUCCUGACGAGGCAGUUGCUUAUGGUGCUGCUGUUCAGGCUGCAAUUCUUAGCGGUGAGGGCAAUGAGAAGGUUCAGGACCUGCUUCUGUUGGAUGUCACGCCUCUCUCUCUUGGUCUGGAGACCGCGGGAGGAGUCAUGACUGUCUUGAUUCCCAGGAACACCACCAUCCCCACAAAGAAGGAGCAAGUCUUCUCUACCUACUCUGACAACCAACCCGGUGUCCUGAUUCAGGUUUACGAGGGUGAGAGGACGAGGACCAGAGACAACAAUCUGCUGGGCAAAUUCGAACUCUCUGGAAUUCCACCUGCUCCUAGGGGUGUUCCUCAGAUCACCGUUUGCUUUGACAUUGAUGCCAAUGGUAUCUUGAACGUCUCUGCUGAGGACAAGACCACCGGCCAGAAGAACAAGAUCACCAUUACCAAUGACAAGGGUAGGCUCAGCAAGGAGGACAUCGAGAAGAUGGUGCAGGAAGCGGAGAAGUACAAGUCGGAGGACGAGGAGCACAAGAAGAAGGUGGAGGCUAAGAAUGCUCUGGAGAACUACUCUUACAACAUGAGAAACACCAUCAAGGAUGAUAAGAUUGCAUCCAAGCUUGCAGCUGCCGAUAAGAAGAAGAUCGAGGAUGCCAUUGAUCAGGCAAUCCAGUGGCUCGACGGCAAUCAGUUGGCAGAAGCUGACGAGUUCGAAGACAAGAUGAAGGAGCUGGAGAGCAUUUGCAACCCCAUCAUCGCCAAGAUGUAUCAGGGUGCCGGUGCUGACAUGGGUGGUGGAAUGGAUGAUGACGCACCCUCUGCUGGUGCCAGUGGUGCAGGUCCCAAGAUUGAGGAGGUGGAUUAAGUUCGGCCGUCCUUGAUGUUGUCUCAAUGGUAUCUCGUUCUCGCUUUAGUUUCAUUGAAUGUCAAAUUUGAACUGUUGGGGUUGCUAUUGGCCGUAUGUCAUGGGCCAUGCCCUCUUAUUUUUGAACUAUUAUUGUUGCGUCAGUUUUACAUGAAGUCUGCUUAUACCUUUUUCUGAAACUAAUUACACUUCGGCAUUGUCGAGUCAAAUGAUACAAAA